AUGGCUGGUGUUAGACACUUACGAAUCAUUGGAUUGACUGCAUUUGUCUUGAUUUUAAUUGUUGUACUACACCAAACUGGUCGUAAUGCUGCAUCAUUAGUAUUUGCCCAAGCAUCAGAUCAAAUUCCUAAUAAACAUCGGGCUAAAUCAAACAAUGGUGCACAAGCACAAACACCAGGUGGGGGUGUUCGUGUUGGCACACAUGGAAGUAGCGGACUGAGUAAUGGUAAGAAUCCUGUUGUUGUUUCUAAUAACAUUGUUGAUCUGAACAAUGAUGAAAAGACUGAUGAUGCUAUUAAUCAGGAGAUAUCUAAGGAUCACAGUGAAGAAGGGGUUAAGAAGAAACCAGGUGAAGAUGUACAAAAUAAGGAGAAUGGAGUAGUAGAGGCAAAUGGUGGCGGUUCUUCUGAUGUGACAACUAAUGAACAAGGUGAAUAUGACCCACAAGCUGAAUUAAUCAAAAUUAGAUCACUUUCACCCAUGACCAUUUUUUCCAAAAGUUACUGUCCUUACUCCAAACAAUUGAAGAAGUUGCUAUUGGAAAAAUAUGAGAUAAUCCCCACUCCCAAUAUAGUUGAAUUGGAUGUACAUAAUCAUGGUGAUGAAUUACAACAAUACCUUCAUGAAAAAAGUGGUAGAAAGACAGUACCCAAUGUUCUUGUUGGUCCCUCAUUUGAAAGUAGAGGUGGGUCGGAUGAUUUUCUUGAGUAUCAUAAAAAGAAUCAAGUUAUUAAAUUAUUGACUGAUUGGGGUCAGGGUAGAUUACAAGUUAGUAAAAAGGAUACUCCAUCAAAUGCGUAA